UUCCUGGGGGGUGGAAUUUCGACCCUCUCUAUUACGUGUCAGGGACGUAAUUAAAAAGUUUGGAGUGGUCCAACAUGUCUUCGUCUCGGCAACUCUGACGACGGGGGAUAUCCAAUUUUUCAGAGGCAUUUACGGGCUAGGUGACGUUCGGGUUAUAUCCGAUAUGUCACUUCGGAAAGAAAUUUCUUAUAAGGUCAUUGAUAUCACUGACGUUUCAGCAAGUUAUAAGUCGUUGGAGGGGGUAGAAAAAAAUCCGCUGCCAUUAAUGAGUUACUUGCAUUUCGCAGACUACCCCAACCAGCAAUUAAUAAUUUUCGCUGAAAAUAUCAAAAAAUUGGAGAAGCUGAGAGGAGCCUUUAAGGAAUUAAAUGUUGAGCCGGCAAUAUUUCACGGUAGCCUGACGGAUGCCAGGAAGUCAAGUGAAAUCACCAAUUGGCUGAGUGGGGAACGUCAAAUAUUGCUAACUACAAGUGCUGUGUCGCUGGGUGUCAGCAAUCCACGCUGCUCCGUGACUGUUCACCUGGGUCCAUCUUCAAGUGUAAAUAACUUUAUUCAAGAGAGUGGCCGUGCGGGGAGGAAGGGUCAAGAGUCAACUUGUUUAGUGAUUCUUGACUCCUCCUUCACGUACAGGAAGAUGUGCAGAUCGAUUGAAUACAGGCAAAGUUUAGACUUGAAGUUGUACAAUGAAAUUAAACCAGGUACAACAUCCAAAGGCAACAAUCAGCUGUUGGCGUGGUAUGUUGUCACUCAACGACACACCUGCAUUCAACAGGUUUUAAUAAAAUCGAUAGACCCCAGCGCCACUCCUGACAAGUGCGGUAAGUGCUCGAAUUGCACGAGUACGGUGCAAUACGAGCACUUGCAACUUGAACGUCCUCUGAGAAAUUUAUUGCUUCACGUCAGGGAGGUUGAGGACAGGAGGGGUGCAUGCGUUUUGGCAGUUGCAAAAUUCUUUGCAGUGGCGUGGCGUGAAUAA